ACUUCUUAGUUCACCACCGGAACUACAUAACUGUAACAUUUUUAUUGCUUAGCAUCGCAUUAUCAUUUUUGCCGGCUCAGACAAGUUUUCAUUUUUAACCGGAGCAGAACCAUAAGUGCAACGUUUGCUUAUCUGUUAUAAAGGCAAAAAAAACAAACAAUGAAAAACGCAAUUCAUUGCGUACUUUUAAUAAUCGCAGCUGCUGCUGCUGUUGCUGCUGCAGAUCGGCCGUAUAGAAAUAGCUUUGUUAAUCCGUAUCCGCGUUUUAAGUACUUUAACGAUGGUGUCGAUCCCGGCGAACCUCUUUUCCUCACACCCUUUAUCGAGAGCGGAAAGGUGCCCAUGGAUCAAGUGCGUCAAAUGGCGCGUGUUUCGGGCUCCCAGUUUCAUAAUGUGGAAAGCUAUUCAGGUUAUCUGACCGUGGAUAAGGCCUACAAUUCAAACAUGUUCUUCUGGUAUUUCCCCAGUGAAACAGAUCCGAACUAUGCGCCUGUUGUGCUGUGGUUGCAAGGUGGACCUGGUGCCUCGUCGCUCUUCGGACUCUUUACAGAAAAUGGGCCGCUCCAGUUAUAUAGUGAAGGCAAACUGCAGAAACGCAACUAUACCUGGAGCAAGACACAUAAUCUAAUCUACAUAGAUAAUCCUGUGGGCACGGGCUUUAGUUUCACGGACAACGACGACGGCUACGCACGCAAUGAGAAGGAUGUGGGCAGGAAUCUUCACGAGGCUGUAAUGCAGCUGUACGAACUAUUUGGUUGGGGUACCUCAUCCGGUUUUUGGGUCACCGGUGAAUCCUAUGCCGGCAAAUAUGUGCCUGCUCUGGCUUAUCAUAUACACAAAGUUCAGAAUUCCAUUGAGGCGCGAGUCAUUAUCCCGCUUAAGGGCGUGGCCAUUGGCAAUGGCCUCUCCGACCCGUUGCAUCAGCUGAAGUACGGUGACUACCUCUAUCAGCUGGGCCUGAUCGAUGACAAUGGCUUAGUCCAAUUUCAUACAGCGGAACAGAAGGGCGCCGAGUGCAUUGAGAAGCGGGAUAUGAGUGGCGCCUUCGAAAUCUUCGAUUCGUUAAUCAAUGGCGACCUGACUAACGGCUCUAUCUUUAGUAAUCUUACGGGCUACAAUUGGUACUACAAUUAUCUCAAUACUCAGCCGGAUGCAGCGGAUGCAAAUUUGGGUAAAUUUUUGCAAUCUGGCGCCACUCGCCGUGCAAUUCAUGUAGGCAACAAGCCGUUCCAUGAUCUGGACAAGGAGAAUAAGGUGGAGCUUCAUUUGAAGGAAGACGUCAUGGACUCUGUGGCUCCCUGGAUCGCUGAGCUACUCAACACGUACACAGUGUGCAUCUAUAGUGGACAAUUAGACAUUAUUGUAGCCUAUCCGCUGACUCGCAACUAUUUGAAAAAACUCAAAUUUCGGGAUUCAGAGAAAUAUAAAAUUGCGCCACGUGAGAUUUGGCGAAUUGAUGGCGAGGUGGCGGGCUAUGUGAAGCAUGCCGGACAUCUAGUUGAAAUAAUGAUUCGUAAUGCUGGCCACAUGGCUCCACAUGAUCAGCCCAAGUGGCUCUACGAGAUGAUCAAUCAUCUCACUCACUACAAACGUUAAAAUUGGAAGUUUUUCGAAUGCAGCUGGAAAACAAUAAAGCUGCUUUAAAUGUUGAAUUUUAAUUUAAAAUAUAUGCUUAAGUCUCGUCUAUUGACGAUUAUAUUGCAGUGGCUUGAAAUAAAAUUGUAAA